AUGCGCGUUCCACUGGAAAUUCUCGAACAGAUCCUACGGGACAUGAUGGAGGCUCUGCCCAUCAAAGACCUCUUCCGGGCACGUCUUGUAAAUAGCCUUUUCAAUGAUGAAAUCAUGUCAUUCCUGUCCAGGAGCUCUCGAUUGGAGACCGACGGCUUCGGAUGUUAUAAGGACAAGGACGGUGACCUACGGCACUGGGAUCCCAGCGACAACGACAACAAAAAGGAUGUGCCCGGCUGGGACGCAUUUCCGUAUCAUUUGAAGAUCCGAAUUCUACGCCAGAAACUGCAGCGACAUAACCAAGAAGGGCACCGCACAUACUGCGUUGGCUUUUGCGACACUUUUACCAGCAUGCUGGGCAACCAGGUGCAGAAGAGGGGGAUCACCACCACGGAAGAGAAAGAGGCUUUGGUGGAGAGACUGCUUAACGGCGUGGCUGCUUGUUCUCUGAGACCCCAUGGCAUAAUCUGUCCGGAAUCGCUGAGGCUCUAUAUGAGGUGUGGCUACGAACGACUGGUGUGGGGAAGCAAGGGCAGACGGUCCCGACAAUUCAUCGAUCAAUCAUGCGAGGUUCUCCUGGCGUGUGGCGCGAUUCACAGUGGAGAUGCGGGGGAACUCGAAUACCUGAUCCGAAAAGGUUUGGGCCAGGCGAUGUACAGCAGUCAAUGGGGCUUGAUGGUCCUCGAGCUGGGGGUAAGAACCGGCAAUACAGACAUAAAUCAGGUGCUCAAACGCAACAGUCCCAUGACCUUUACCUACAACGGUCUUUCAACUGACGUACUCUCUCUGGCGGCACAAUACAACAAUUUCGAAGCCUUAGAGGUGUGGAUAGAACAUAUGAAAUACCGAUCCAGUAGUACGAUAAGGUUACGUAUGGAUGCUACUAUUCGCGGGAUGGCCAGGACCGGAAAGACUGACAUGGUGGAGUUUCUCGUUGACGAGUAUGGAAAUUUCGAACAGGAUCUGGUGUACAACGCCCUCAUCGAAGCUAUUGAGACCGGCCACCAGGAGACUGUGCAACGGCUGCUGGGGCGCGAAGGCUUCGAUCCGAAUAUCACUACCGCCGAGUUCCCGAAAGGGGCGCUCUUCUCAGCGGUGUGCAAAUGCAAACCGAUAAAAAGGAGGCUACUGAUGGUGAAAAUGCUGCUAAAGCAGGGGGUUGAUCCUAGAAAACCCUACCCGGGGAUGACCAAAACGCUCCUGCAAAGAGCGUUGGAGAAGGAAGAUUCCAAAACGGCUGCUGUCUUAGUAGAAUAUGGUGCCGAUAUUACGAGCAAGUCACUGCCUCGGGGUUCCAAGGGAAAGAAGUUGCCCCCGGUAUUGUUCAUGGCUGCUGAACUGGGGGACAUGACUUUGAUUCACUUGCUCGUUGAGAAAGGAGUCGAUCGCACCUUUAAGUGGGAGGGGAAGGGGUAUACUCUUCGGCAAGAAGAUCAGUCAAUCGGAAGUCCUUUAGGCACUCUAGGAUUCUAUGAGACGGACCGAAAGAACUCGACAUUCAGAUAA